GGGUACAGACGAACACGGAGAAGACGUAACUUGACAACAAUAAUAAUAUAUAGCUCAGUAGUAUUAUUAUUAUUAUUAUUAUUAUUAUUAUUAUUAUUAUUAUUAUUAUUAUUAUUAUUAUUAUUAUUAUUAAUGUCGUCUUGUACUAACCAGGAAGUGCAGUUGACAGUGCAGUAAUGUCACAUUUAUUGCUGCUGUUAACUAAAAGGAGUAUGGGUCGAGUAUCUGAGUUUUAUAAGCUUUGGAAUGCCCCUCGUUAUGACCUCAGUCAGAAGCAGCUUGUGUCUUUUUUCACUCCGAUCCAAGCUGGGAAGCUCUGUGGAGCAGCACGGUCACUCCAUUACGUGGGCUGCAGAAGCCUGUCCACCACCUCUGAUUCACAGGACCCUUCUAACUGUGCAACCAGCCAGGGAAGGACUCAUGUGGAGGGGGAUUCUAGAACUGAGGGAGACCCAAAACACAACAGCGCACCCCUGGGCCCCCCUCCACCUCCUCCCAUGCACUGCUGUAUGAGUGGCUGCACGAACUGCGUGUGGAUUCCCUACACAGAGGAGCUCAUGAAAUAUUACCGAGACGGCGGAGAGAAGGCUCUGGCAGCAAUAGAGGAACACGUCAGGGACGAAAACAUCAAAGCGUUUUUAAAAAUGGAGAUUAGAAUGAUGAGUGUAAAAUAAAACAGCAGCAAGGAUCAAGUCGCUGUCUCCAGCUUGUGAAACAACAAAAAUCCUAAGUCAAAUUACAGCAGGGACCGAAAAAAUGAUGUUUUGCAAGAUGAUAAUCAGAGAGAGUCAUUUGUACAAUUGCUGUUCCAUUUAUAAAAGUCGGUCUACCUGAAACUUUUAAAAUUAGACUUGAAAUAGCAUUGGACAUUGGACCCAAACGGAUUAGGACAACACUGGGUACUUCUGAAUAUUCAGGUCUAUGUUCCUGUACUAUUUAUAUGAAUGCUGUGUUAAAUUACUGUGACUUUUUUGCUGGCUUCCACUGGAACCAUACAUUAAAAAAUAUAUCAUGUGUGUACACUACUGAAAUCAAUAUUUUAUUCCA